UGUCACUCAUUCGGUUGCUAAGCGAAAUAAGCAGGAGUUAGUAUGUGCAUCAUUACUGUCAUGGCGCGACACAUGAAACGAAGAAUUGGAUUUAAUUGCAAAAAUUCAAGAACGACAGUAAUUAUACUGUCUUUUGUGUUGCAUUUGCUUCUACUAAUAGAACAAACCUCAGCUAUAUUGCCUAUAACCCCCAUAAAAGAAGGGAAGGAAUACCAGGAGUCCGGACCACAGCACUUCUGUUACCACAAUCACCUGGUGCCAGGAUGGAGGGAGACCUGGACACGGAUUCAGAUCCAGGUGCACAGCUCCAGGGAGCUGAAGGUGACGGUGGUGCAGGACGAGGAGGAGCUGCAGGAGCUGGAGCACUUCAGCAUGUGGACCCUGGUGCAAUACUUCAUGCGGGAGCACUCCAACGAGACCGUCGUGGACGUGGGCCUGUUCAGCACGAAGACCUGCUUCCGGGUCGACCCGGCCGACUCCAGGGCCAAGUACACCGUCAGGCUCGCGCACCAUUUCGACAUUUACCUGUUCCUGGUGUUUGCGUCUGGAUUGCUGCUGUUCCUCUAUGCUGACACACUUAGCAGGAGUCAGCUGUUCUAUUACUCAGCUGGAAUGAGCACGGGCAUGAUCGCCUCCCUCAUCAUCCUCAUCUUCAUCAUGGCUCGCUUGCUGCCCAAGAGAAGCCCGUUCUACGUGCUGAUAGUCGGGGGCUGGUCCUUCUCGGUCUACCUCAUCCAGCUGGUGUUCCGAAACCUGCAGAUCAUUCUGAAGGAGCACUGGCACCUGGCCAUAGGCUACACAGCGGUGGUGGGCUUCGUUAGCUUUGCGGUGUGCUACCGCCACGGCCCCCUGGUGGAGGAGCGCAGCAUUAACAUCCUGUCCUGGACGCUGCAGAUAUUUGGUCUGCUGCUGGUGUAUGCCGGCAUCCAGGUCCAGCAGGUGGCGCUGGCUGUCAUCGUGGCGGCCUUCUGCGCCAAGAAUCUGGAGUAUCCCGUCCAGCUGGGCCUGACUGCGUACAGAAGGCUCAGUGCUAACAUUGCACUGUACCACAGCAGGCUGAGACCAAAAUGGUGCCGGAAGCUGGAGCCUCGUCGCCUUCUCACCGUGGAGGAGUACCAGAGGCAGGGGGAAGAGGAGACACAGCGUGCCCUGGAGGAGCUGCGGGAGUACUGCAGCAGCCCAGAUUUCCAUACCUGGAAGACCGUCUCCAGGCUGCAGUCUCCUAAGAGGUUCGCAGACUUCAUGGAAGGCUCACCCCACUUAAUGGGGAAUGAAGUGUCAAUUCAUGCGCAGGAAUACGGGCUGGGGGGGUCCUUCUUCGAGGACGAGCUCUUCGCCACAGACGAGGAUGAGGAGGACGAGGAGGAGGAGGAGCAGAGGGAGAAGCCUAAAGAGUGGUCCAGGAACCACAAAGACAUGUGAGGGGGAGUGGGGUCAUUGGAGGCAGGCACACGACAAGGCCUAAAAUUCGCCCUACUUUCACACCCCCAGAGCUCGGUUGGGUUGAGCAUAGUGGGCGUGGCUACAGCCCUGUCUGUCUUCAGAUUUUGGCAGAGGAGCAAGCUGGAGUCUAACUCGGGACAGGACCCAGACAAGGUUUUUGACAGCAGGAUAAAAUAUAAUCGUACAACCAUUAAAAAUGAACCCAUGCAUACUUUUUUGUUUCACUGCGUUUUGGAAAAGCACAAGCAGUAUUCAUUGUGCCAUAUCUUUCCCUGUGUAUGUAAUGGUUCAAGAGGAAAAUUCUAGAAUGAUAGUGGACUGAUCAUUUUUAUUUAAGUGGUCUUACACUUUAUUUUCCAUUUUGUGCAUGCUGGGAUGCUUCGAUUACAGCCAUUGACUGGUAAAUGUUUGCUUGUUGUACUAGAAGGUAGAGUGUGAAAUCCAAAAAAAAAAAAAAUGUUCAGCUCAAGUUAAGUCAGCUGUGAUGUUUCCAUUAAUCGUGUAUUAAUAAUGCAGUUCUGGUGCUAACACUCGGGAUAAAAGCCAUAGCAAAGUAAAUCUUUCAGCUAGAGGACUUAUAGCUCUGCUCAGUAUUAAUGGUCCAAAUGCUGGUCUAAUUUUGAAAACCUUUACCCAUCAGUAAAGAUCAUUUUUUAUCCAGCCAAUUAGCUCCACUCUACGGUGAAGCACACAAUAUGGUGACAUCACUGGUAACCUGACUUGAAGUGUAGUGCCUUUAAACCAAAUACUGUACCGAUGCUGUGAACUGAUUCUGAAGCCCUAAAACCACCGGUCUUCUGAUCCACCUGUUAUCCACAACUUCUUCCUACAGCAAAACCAUUACAGUCAGUGCGCUGAUAACAAGAUAUGGACCAUACAUAAAACGAUUCAGAUUCCGCAUUUAGACACUAACCUUGUUCCAUUCUGCCAAAAAUCCCAUUUUUGCUUUUUUCACUUUGUGUGCUUUUAGGCAGUGAUAUUCUUCAUCGGUUAUGCGCAUUUCAUAAUAGGCUUGUGUGCUAGUUAUUUCGGUUGUAUUUUAAAUUGUAUUGUUUUUAAUGUUUUGUAACUGACGAACCAAAGUUCUCAACAUGGAUAGUUGGUAUGAUGUAGGCUGAUAUUUCCAUAGAUAUCUGCCAUUAUCUUUAAGGAAGGUGUCUUAAUCUGCCAUUAUCUUUAAGGAAGGUGUCUUAUCAGAUGCCUGGGAGUGCAGCAUGCUAGAACACUCCUUUUGUAAAUCACAGUAUUACAGCUAUAACUAGGGAUGUCUAAUACGGAAGUCCUAGGGAGGGAUGGUGGAAGCUUUGCUUUUGGUUUUUGGCUGGUAAACAUUAUUCAUUAAAAAUAUAUAAAAGAGGUUCAGAUUACUUUGAUUGGGCUACUUUAUGAGCAUGACAUUUCUGCUUAAUUUGUAGCCAUCUUUGGUGCAUCAAAUGCAGAGCCUCUCUGGGGCAUAUUGGUUUUCAUCUUAAUUUAUUGGUCAAUGCUGUUACGACCCAGAUAUCCUGCACCUGUGGUUAGAAGCUGAGUAUUAUUGUUCAGUCCAUACCAUAUGGCCAGAUCCACUGUAUACUUUGACCCAAUUGGUUGACAGAAACUAGACUGGCAGAAUUAGCAUUCUAGCGAUUUGUACCUCAUAAAAUGUGAAAUGGCCACCAAUUCUAACCAAGAUUAUAACUGGGGGCAUUAAAAAAAAAAAAAAUUCCAGAACAAUCUGCAGUAUUAAAAUAGUCACUCUGGUGGAACUCGGAUGCUUAAAUUUCAUAUUCCAUUACAUAUGAGAAUUUGCACACUGAAUGGAUGUUUGUUGGUGGAAGCAUGUGAUUGCAGGGAUUGUGUGGACACAUUAGUCAUUUUUUUAUCACGUAAGAUUUUCUUUGGUAUGUUUUUACAUAGUGUGAUAGGUUGAGGAUUAUUACCAUAUUAUUUUCCAUUUAGAAUGUGGAUAUAUAUGGUCACCUUCCGCAAGUACAACACGUUUUGAUUAUUGUCUUGUGUAACUUUUUUUUUUUUUUUUGUGGGUCAGAUAUGGGAUUUGUCCUUAUGUAAAAUUGGGUCAAAUAGUAACCAUUUCUUCUCUUUGUUGGAAUAUGAUGGAUGUGGACAGUGAUUUGUUUUUUGUUGUAUGUCAGAUUUUAUAUGGUGCCCAUGAAUCAAAAAACAUAAUUUCUAAGUGUUUACAGUGUCUUCUGGGUUAUCUUUUUGUGAAAAAAAGACAAAUAAAAUAAAUGUGUUCAGAUUUAA